AGAAGAAUUCUGGAUCAUUGGUGCAAGACGCCGAAUUAGAUCGGUGGUGAAACAGUGCGUCCGUUGUAAACGAUUUUCAGCAAAACCUCCAACUACUGCACCCAUUCAAUUACCAUUAGACAGAGUUCGAGAUGCUUUCGCAUUUGAAGUUACCGGCAUAGAUUUAUGUGGCCCUCUGAUUCUCAAAAAUAAAAACAAAACCUGGGUAGUACUGUUUACGUGUGCUGUAUAUAGAUGUGUACAUUUGGAACUAGUGACAUCCGUAAGUACCGAAUGCUUCAUUCAAGCGUUUCGUCGGUUCAUAGCCAGAAGAGGUCGGCCAUCUACAGUUUAUUCAGACAACGGCACAAAUUUCGUCGGUACAUCUGCAUUGCUGAAAAAGGUUGACUGGGUAAAGGUAAUUGCUCAGGAAACUUUGCAUCCCAUCACUUGGAAGUUCAUUCCGCCCACUGCUGCUUGGUGGGGCGGAUGGUGGGAGCGUCUAAUCCGCACAGCCAAGAAUUUGAUUGUGAGAGUCUUAGGACAAGCUGCAGUCAAUUACGAAGAGUUACUCACCGUCAUCUGUGAUGUGGAAGCCGACAUUAAGGUUUCAGGUACAGCAGAUUUGGAUGCUUUAGAUCGAAAUAAACUCUUGGCUCGUCAGCGUUUCUGCCAGGAACUUCGAGAACAAUUUCGUAGCCGUUUCCGCAAGGAGUACCUUGGACAGUUAGUACAAAAGCAUGGACAGACGGACUGUGAAUUAAAAGUUGGAGACAUCGUGCUAAUAGGUUGUGAGAACCUUAAAAGAGUGAACUGGCCAAUUGCUCGUGUCCAAGAACUUUGUACAAGCAGAGAUGGACGUGUAAGAGUUGUAAAAGUGAAAACUAGAAAUGGCAUACUGAUUCGUCCUGUACGUAAACUGUACCCUCUAGAAGUGUGUUCCUGUACUAAGGAUACCAUUAUUUGA